AAUAAGCAGAUUCAUUUUAAGGAUGAGGACAAGUUAAACAGGGUUGUAAGCUAAAAGAGAACAGCCAUGACAGAGGAUACCGUGAAGAUUCAAAAAAUGGUGGUGAAUAUUGAAAAGGCCUUGGAGGACACAUAAUAGAAUGCAAACUCCGCAAGGAGAGGGGCUUUGUGUCUUGUUUCCCACUGUGUCCCCAGGCUUAGAAUAUUCUGGCAUCAGAAGGCACUCAAUAAAUAUAGAGAGGAAGAAAGGAAGAAGAUGAAAUCAGGAGUACAGAUUAAAGUGUUAUCUUUGGAAGAGAGGCAACACAUCUUCUGGGACAGAAGGGAAGAAGGGAAAGCUGGGGAACAUGCAGAUAAUACAAGAGAAGGUGUUUCACUCUUGUUGCCCAGGCUGGAGUGCAAUGGCACGAUCUUGGCUCACUGCAACCUCCUCUCUCCGUCAACCUCAAGCGAUUCUCCUGCCUCAGCCUCCCGAGUAGCUGGGAUUACAGAUGAGAUAACUCAGAUAUGCAGACAUCGAGUAACUUGGCCAAGCAUACCUGUUAUGGAUCGAAUUGUGUCCUCCCAAUAUUCAUGUGUUGAAUCACUAACCUCUGAUGUGACUAUAUUUGGCGAUAGAGUUUUUAAGGAGCUUAAUAAGGUUAAAUGAGGUCAGAAGUGUGAGGCCAUAAUCCAAUAGGACCCAUGACUUUCUAAGAAGAGGAAGACCCACCAGGCAUGCACAUGCACAGAAAAGAAGACCAUGUGAGGGUGCGGCAAGAAGACGGCCAUCUGCAAACUAAGAGGAGAGGCCUCAUUAGAACCCAACCCUGCACCAUGAUCAUGGACUUCCAGCCUUCAGAGUUGUGAAAAUAAAAUCCUGUUGUUUAUGCCACCAAAUCUGUGGUAUUCUGUUAUGUUAACCAUAGCAAAAUUAUACAAUACCCAUCGAGCAAAUAGCAGAAUGGAAUUAAACCCAUAAAGGAUGGCUUCAAAGCAGUGCUGAACCACUACACUGCCUUUAAAAAUUGUCCUAACAGUUCCAGUUCAAUUACAGAAAGUUUACAAUAAUUAGAUGUUAAUACUUUUAUGCUUAACUUUAUAUUUCUAUCUCAAAUGCUUAUUUUCUUUUCAAUAGUUAAUAUUUUCUGGACAGCAAUUCUAGACUAUUUUCUAAAUUCUCUGUUUUCUAAAUUCUUAUGUCAUGCCCUCUGUCAUAAGAAUGUUUAUACCCUUUGAUCUUACUUCUAAAAAUAAAUCCUUAAAAGGUGAUAUGGUUUGGCUCUGUGUCCCCACCCAAAUCUCAUGUUAAAUUGUAAUCCCCAUUGUUGGGGGAUGGACCCAGUGGAAGGUAAUUGGAUCAGGG